AGCCAUUGCAAGGAGUCACAACAUACUCAAGAAUUUAACAUGGCUGUGUUCACUCCCGUCAACCAGGUGAGACUCACUAAUGUGGCGGUGGUCCGUCUCAAGAAGGGCGGGAAGCGGUUUGAGCUGGCGUGCUAUCCCAACAAGGUCAUCGACUGGCGUGAUGGCAUCGAGACGGAUCUGGACGAGGUGCUGCAGACGGACGUUGUCUUUACCAAUGUCUCCAAGGGAUCCGUGGCGAAGGACAAGGAUCUGCAUCGUGUGUUCAAGACAGAGGACAAGAACGUCAUUCUCGAGACAAUUCUCACAAAGGGCCAGGUCCAGGUAUCGGGCAAGGAGCGAGCCAAGGUUCGCUCCUCGGUCCUCUCUGAGAUCAUCGAGAUCAUCGCCACCAAAUGCGUCAAUCCCGAGACACAGCGCCCGUACCCGAGCGGCAUCAUCGAGCGCGCGGUCAAGGACCUCAACUUUUCUGUUCAUCCCAAGCACUCGGCCAAGAAGCAGGCGCUAGAGCUCAUCCCGCAGCUUGCCGAGGUGCUGCCCAUUGAGCGCGCAAGCAUGCGCCUUCGCAUCACCACCCCGGCCAAGGUCGGCAAGGCUGUCAAGUCCCGUAUUGAGGAUCAGGUCUCAACCCUCACGGUCGAGGACGAGGAUUGGGGCUCGGUCUUUGAGAUGGUCGCGCUUGUCGAUCCCGGCGCAUAUCGCGCCAUCGACUCGAUCGUCGGCUCGCUUGCCCGCGGCCAAGGCCGCGUCGAGAUCCUCGACACUACCGUCAUCGAGGACGGCGAGGAGGCGCUCGAGUAACUGUUGCUGUCCCUGCUGCGCUUUGGAAGGGCACAGGCUAUCGCCACUUUGUCGCUGGCACCGGCCACUAGCCCCCCCUUAUGAACGCCCGUGCCUCCUUGUCCUUGUAUGCGCUGGAGUAUGUCAUUAUGUUCAUAUGUUUACAGUCACUCUAGCCAUGCGGUUAAGCCACAAGCGACAUCGGCGCCUUGAACACCUCGGUGACAAAGACUGCAAAGUGCGCCAUGACCGACUCGCCAGAGACCGGCGCGAUGAGCCACUCCCACGCUGCAGGCGGAAGGAUGGCGUACGGCAGCUUAACAAAGAUGUUAAACGCCAGCAUCCG